UUCAAAGCCAUCAAUUUUGAUUACCCAGUUACAUCAACAUAUUCAAUAAAGUGUGGAGGUUGUUUGAGGCUGCAAAACUAUUCAAUAUCUGCAAUCAACUGGAACAUACUUCUAGGCUAUAAAUAGUUUCUAGUCUAUAAAUAGUACCUCUGGUUUCUUCAUCUCCAACUCACCAGAAAUAUUAAAGAUCUUUCUUCAAACCAAGCCUCGAUCAAGUAAUUGUUUCAGAUUUAACAACUUUCCUAAGUCAAUCAUGGGUGUAGUCACUUACGAAUCAGAGAAUGCCAUUGCAGUCGCACCAUCCAAGCUGUUCAAGGCCUAUGUCCUUGAUGGUGUCAAUUUUUUCCCCAAAGUGAUCCCUGCCAUCAAGAGCGUUGAAAUCCUUGAAGGAGAUGGUGGCGCUGGAACCAUCAAGAAGAUCACUUAUGCUGGAGCUGAUAACCAAGCCACAUAUGUGAAGUACAAGAUUGAAUUGGUAGACCAAGAGACGUUUUCAUACAACUACAGCAUAAUCGAAGGCGAUGUUUUGAGGGGUGCUCUUGAGAAAAUUAGUUCUGAGAACAAGAUUGUUGCUUCUGCAGACGGAGGGUCGAUCUGGAAGAGCACCAUCACUUACCAUACCAAGGGUGACAUUGUGAUUCCAGAGGAUAAGCUCAAUGAGGCCAAAGAAAAGGCCACUGCAAUGUUCAAGGCUGUUGAAGCCUACCUCUUGGCUAACCCCGACGCCUAUUAGUUCCUCUUCAAAUCUCCAGAGAAGUAAACAUCGGGGAUUUUAUUUCGUGCUUUUGAUUAAAUUUCUUUUGCUAUGCAAGUUGUUUUUGUGGGCUGUUUUGCAGUACCUCUUUCUGUGUGAAGGUGUAUUUUGAAUCAGUUUAUGUAUGCAUUCAUCCAGACUAAUGAGCACAACGUGCCAAUUUUAUGCAUCUAUAUGAAUUUCUAGGUUUCAAAGUUCUA